AUUUGAGACCCUUUCCAAGGUGAGCUCCAUGACCAGCCAUAUGAGAUCACUGCAAUAUCUGGACAUGAGCAGCAACCUGCUGAGCCACGACGGAGCUGAUAUGCAAUGCCAAUGGGCUGAGUCUCUGGCAGAGCUGGACCUGUCCUCAAAUCUGUUGUCAGAUUCCGUGUUUGAGUGCUUGCCAGUCAACAUCCAAAAACUGGACCUACGACAAAAUCAGAUCACCAGUGUCCCCAGGGGGAUGGCUGAGCUGAAGUCCUUGAAAGAGCUGAACCUGGCGUCCAACAGGCUGGCCGACCUGCCGGUGUGCAGCGGCUUUACGUCCCUGGAGUUCCUGAACGUAGAGAUGAAUUUGAUCCUCACCCCACCUGCUGGCUUCUUCCAGAGCUGCCCGCGGGUCAGGGAGCUCCAAGCCGGGCACAACCCGUUCAAGUGCUCCUGUGAGCUGCAGGACUUCAUCCGCAUGGAGCGGCAGUCCGGGGGGAAGCUGUUUGGCUGGCCGGCAGCCUACGUGUGCGAGUACCCGCAGGAGCUGCGGGGAAGGCAGCUGAAGGACUUCCACCUGAGCGAGCUGGCCUGCAGCACAACGCUCCUGCUGGUGACAGCUCUGGGGCUGACGCUGGUGCUGGUGGCCGCCGUGGCCUUUCUGUGCAUCUCGCUGGACGUGCCGUGGUACGUGCGCAUGACCUGGCGCUGGACGCAGACGAAGCGGAGAGCGCGGCACAACCGGCCCGCCGAGCAGGCGGCCGCGCUGCAGUUCCACGCCUUCAUCUCCUACAGCGAGCGCGACUCGUUGUGGGUGAAGAACGAGCUGAUGCCCAACCUGGAGAAAGGGGAGGGCUGCGUGCAGCUGUGCCAGCACGAGAGGAACUUUGUCCCCGGCAGGAGCAUCGUGGAGAACAUCAUUAACUGCAUUGAGAAGAGCUACAAGUCGAUCUUUGUCUUGUCUCCCAACUUUGUGCAGAGCGAGUGGUGUCACUAUGAGCUGUACUUUGCCCAUCACAAGUUAUUUAGCGAGAAUUCCAACAGCUUGAUCCUCAUUCUGCUGGAGCCCAUCCCUCCGUACGUUAUCCCUGCCAGGUACCACAAGCUGAAGGCUCUCAUGGCAAAGCGAACCUACCUGGAGUGGCCCAAGGAGAGAAGCAAGCGGCCCCUUUUCUGGGCUAAUCUGAGGGCAGCUGUUAGCAUUAACUU